AUAAACAAAAUAACACAAAUAAGCCAUAAAAUAACAAUGAAAACAAAAUGUAAACAAUCACUUCAAUACAUCAUACUUUCUCGCUCUUUUUCUCAAAAUGUCAUCGCGACCGUGAAGGAAUGUCAAGAAAAACAGCAUCAAUUUUUUACACUUUUGUUAUCGUUUAAAAAUCGGUCAUUUCCACCCAAAUUCACUAUUUUUAACAUCAUAUCGAUUCGUUAAUAAAAAAAGAAGAACUGUCAAACGAAAAACUUCUUCUUUGCAUCACAACUGCCAUCUAUGUAUACACAGUUAAACUAAUAAUAAUGGACUUGAUAUGGAACAUGGAAGACGGAAGUGCAAAUUCAAAUGAAAAAAUACGUUCAAUAGAUUCCACAGAAAAAUCGUUUUUAAUGUUUGUCAAUGGCACAUCACGAAAUAUAACGAUAUAUUGGUUAGAUUAUAAUGGCACACCAAAAGUCUUCCAACGUCUGCGUCCACGUGGAGCAGUUGAAGUCAAUACAUUUCGAUCACAUGCAUGGACUUUUAGAGACGCCUACAAUGGCGAACGCAUGAAGGUUUUAAAUCAGUCAGUUUAUGUAGCGGAACCUUAUUUUAUGAGACAUCCCCGGGAUCCGGGUGUUUUGGUAUCAGCUAGAAAAGUUCUAACUGUACAUUUUCCACUUAGAACAUUGAGAGAAAAUAUGCUUUGGCAUAUUGUUAGGGAAAUGAAUUGUCGUUCCGAGGAAACAAUUGAACAAUAUGAUCUUCCAAGAGUAUUGAAAGACGAUUUGAUAUCAAUAUUUAAACAGGUUUUGGCAUUUAGACGAAGUACGGGCAAUUUGGAGUUUUUAAUGUUUUACAAUAACUGACACUAAAUAAAUAAAAAACCAAGAGGUGCUUUUAUAAAUUUAGAAAAUUAAGUUAAUUGUCUAUAAGUAUUGUGAUUUAGUAGGUAAAAUAAAUAAAAAUUUUAAAAAAUUGAA